CGCAGCCUGUCCUGUAGGAUGGGACCAGCAGCCAGAUAUCCAUGCAUGCCUGACCGCUAGUCCACUUCCUGGAUGGAAGAAUGGGACAUUUCCAGCACCACUUUUCUCCGCGUUGUGCAUUGACCUUCGUCACGUUGCCGCCGCGGAUAAUCGCUUAAUAAUGACCACGUGUGAUCGAUAUUAUUCGACCACUUUUUGUCCUGUAGUUAAAGACAGCGAUUGAUCGCCGAUUGACCCCUCCACACUACGGGAAUGUCGCUAUCUGGAAGCCCGCUACAGGCACGGUGGAGUCCAACACAUUUUCAACUGUUUUUGCACAGCCGUAGUGUGCGUACCGUUUUAUUCCUCGAAGCUAAAAACAGCCUCUGCUCGGACUGGAGGCGAAUAAAUUUGUCUUUUUGAGGAAAAAAAAAACUCUGCAGCCCGAGCCGCUAACCAUUUACUUUGAUGCUCUGCCUUCGUGGCUGCUGUGCCAACUUCGUCUCAGCUUCGGUCGUGUGUAUGUGAUUUUUUUUUUUAAAGAAGAGAAAAGACUGAAAAACUUUGUCACCCGUUGCCUUCUUGUUGCUCUCGAUGAGCUAUCUAACAUGCGGAGAAUACGGGAACCGAGUUACUGGUGGAUUUUAUCCUUAUUUUUUUUAACCUUGCCCAAACACAAAGACUGUCAUCCUGUUGCAUCGGGUGGCCAGCCUCACCCUGCUGGAGACGGGCGCCAUGGGAGCACAGGCUUAAUGAGGGAGAGGAGGGCAGCUGGUGACCCCUACUGGUCCUAUUCAGGAAGCCAUGGACCUCGAGGCUGGGCGGCCUCAUACCCAGAAUGUGCUGCGAAGAACCAAUCACCUGUGGAUAUUGUAGACGAACAAGCCUCGGUUUCGGAGGAGUACCAGGAGCUUGUGCUUGACAAGUUCAACGCUGAGUCCUCCAAUCAGACCACCAUGAAAAACACUGGAAAGACAGUUGCUGUUCUUCUGAAGGAUGACUACUUUGUAAGAGGUGCUGGGCUGCCAGGGCGUUUUAAGGCUGAGAAGAUGGAGUUUCACUGGGGCCACAGUAAUGGAUCAGCAGGCUCAGAACACAGCAUAAAUGGCAGAAGGUUUCCUGUAGAGAUGCAGAUCUACCUUUACAAUUCAGAUGACUUUGACAGCCUCAGUGCUGCCAUCAAGGAAAGACGCAUCAUCGCUGCCAUGGCGGUCUUCUUUGAGCUGGGGCAAAAAGACAAUCCAGCUGUGGACCCCAUCAUCCAGGGAUUGAGAGGAGUAGUGCAUCAUGAAAAGGAGACGAACCUCAGGUCGUUCAUCCUGAGGGAUCUGCUGCCAUCGUCUGUGGACAGUUAUUACCGAUACACCGGCUCUCUGACCACACCGCCCUGCAUCAAGGUGGUGGAGUGGAUCAUCUUCUCCAGGCCUGUGUAUUUGUCCCACUCACAGCUGGAGGCCUUUUACUCCAUCUUUACAACAGAGCAACAGGACCACGUCAAGUCUGUAGAGUACCUGAGGAACAACUUCCGGCCCCUGCAAGACCUGGACAAUAGGAAAAUCUUUAAGUCUGCUGUAAAAGACGCAUGGCAGAAAGACUUAACCGAAGUCCAGGGAAGCCCUCACAGCACUGAAGCUUCAAGAGUGUGCAGCAGUGCUCCAGUGAGCAUGAAGAUCCAGCCGUUGAACCAGACGGCAUUGAUGGUGAGCUGGGAGCGCCCUCUGACCGUCUACCACCCACCCAUCACCAGCUACAUGGUCUCCUACAGCUGGGUGAAACGUGACGUCGCUGAUGAAAAGACCUUCACCAAGACGGGGGACCAGAGCAUGAAAGCUGUCAUCACUAAUGUGUCCCCUGACGUCCUGUACCUGUUCAGAGUGCAGGCAGUGUGUCAGCAUGACCUGCGCAGUGAUUUCAGUCAAACACUGCUGUUCAGAGCUAAUACAACAAGAAUAUUUGAAGGCUCUCGUAUUGUGAAGACUGGGAUGCCCACGAUUUCUCCAGCGUCCUCUGCAGACAUGGCUCCCAUCAGCUCCGGUUCCUCCACUUGGACGUCCUCUGGCAUCCAUUUCUCCAUUGUCUCCAUGGCAACGGGGAUGGGCCCCUCCUCUAGUGGCAGCCAGGCCACAGUGGCAUCAGUGGUGACGAGCACCUUGCUGGCAGGCUUGGGUGUGGGCGGAGGGGUCAUCUCUUCUUUGCCUAGCUCCGCUUGGCCCACACAGGCACCGCAAGCCACGCACAACCCCACCCGCCCAUCCGUCCCGCCUGUAAAGUCCAGCACCGAGCAGGAAGCACCCCAGGGAUCCGAGGCAGACACCCCGUCUGAGGAGAAGCCGGCUGCACGUGACGGCGAGGAUGAGGAGGAGGAGGGGGAAAGAGAAGGAGAGCAGGAGGAGGGAGAGGAUGAGAAGAAGAGAAAGAACAAGACUCCACCUGAUAAUGAGGAGAAGCAAGCCAACAGCACUGUGGCCAAAGAGCCUUUAAUCCCCACCCCCACAUCCACAGCCAAAGAGAAAGAAGAAGGAAAGCCGACAGUCAAAGGCACCACAGUACCUGCAAGCACCGGCGACGAUGAGUUGGUCAACACAGAGAAGAAACCCACAGAUGCAAAUGCAGUCUCCACCGAGGAGCCUCGUAAUGACACUGCAGAGAUGCAGAUUCCCCAGAGCUCCACAUUGUCUCCAAAGAUCAGUAGUGAUGGCAAGAGUCUCUGGCCUUUCUCUGUCCACACGGACAGGACCAUCUUACCCAAUGUGACCCGAACCCCUCACCCGGGGAUGGGCCGGAUGGUGUGGAUCGUCCCGUUGGUGGUGGUGUCUGCUCUCACUCUGCUCUGCCUUAUAAUGCUGCUGAUUGUGAUGGUCUACUGGAGGAGGUUUUUCCAGACAGCUCACUUCUAUGUGGAGGAGAGCAACUCUCCACGGGUUGUGGCCAAUGAGAGUAUACCAAUCAUUCCCAUACCAGAUGACAUGGAGGCCAUCCCUGUUAAGCAGUUCAUUAAACACAUCAUGGAGCUCUACAAGAACAACCUGCAGGGUUUCUCUGAGGAGUUUGAGGAGGUCCAACGCUCCACAGCAGACCUGAAAAUCACUGCAGAACACUCCAAUCAUCCAGAAAACAAGCACAAGAACAGAUACAUCAACAUUGUGGCCUAUGACCACAGCAGGGUGAAACUACGAGCUCUGGCGGGGAAAGAUGCCAAACAUUCGGAUUAUAUCAAUGCCAACUACGUGGAUGGUUACAACCGGCCCAGAGCUUACAUAGCUGCUCAGGGGCCUCUCAAGUCCACAUUUGAGGACUUUUGGAGGAUGGUGUGGGAGCAGAACACGGGAAUCAUCGUCAUGAUCACCAACCUGGUGGAGAAGGGGAGAAGGAAAUGUGACCAGUACUGGCCAACAGAGAACAGCGAGCAGUACGGAAACAUUGUGGUGACGCUGAAAAGCACCAAAGUGCACGCCUGCUACACACUGCGGCGUUUCCUUAUAAGGAACACUAAAGUGAAAAAGGGUCAAAAGGGGAACCCAAAGGGGAAGCUAAACGAGCGCAUCGUGGUUCAAUAUCACUACACUCAGUGGCCUGACAUGGGAGUACCAGAGUACACCCUCCCCGUCCUCACCUUCAUCAACCGCUCAUCAGCGGCUCGCGCUGCAGACACGGGCCCCGUCCUGGUGCACUGCAGUGCAGGGGUUGGCCGCACAGGAACGUACAUUGUCAUUGACAGCAUGCUACAACAGAUCAAGGACAAAAGCACAGUCAGCGUCCUGGAUUUUCUCAAACAUAUCCGCACACAACGCAACUACCUAGUUCAGACUGAGGAGCAGUACGUUUUUAUCCACGAUGCUCUGAUGGAGGCCAUCAUGAGCAGAGAGACAGAGGUGCCCGCCUGGCAGCUGCACAGUUAUGUCAACAGCAUCCUCACGCCCAACUCGACAGGCCGCACGCUGCUGGAGAAGCAGUUCAGGCUGUUGACUCAGUGCAACGCGCGCUUUGCAGAGUGUUUUAGUGCCCACAAAGAGUGCAACAAGGAGAAGAACCGCAAUUCCUCAGUGGUUCCCUCGGAGCGAGCAAGGGUCGGACUCACCACUCUGCCUGGAAUGAAAGGAACAGAUUACAUUAACGCGUCCUACGUAAUGGGUUACUUCAGGAGUAAUGAGUUCAUCGUUACCCAGCACCCUUUACCCCACACCACCACAGACUUCUGGAGGAUGAUUUGGGACCAUAAUGCUCAAAUUAUUGUCAUGUUGCCAGACAACCAGGGUUUGGCUGAGGAUGAAUUUGUUUACUGGCCGAGUCGGGAGGAGGCCAUGAACUGUAUCGCCUUCACUGUCACACUCAUCAGUAAGGACAGACUGUGCCUCUCCAAUGAGGAGCAGAUCAUCAUCCACGACUUCAUCCUGGAGGCCACACAGGACGACUACGUUCUAGAGGUGAGACAUUUUCAGUGCCCUAAAUGGCCCAACCCCGACGCUCCUCUCAGCAGCACCUUUGAGCUCAUCAGCGUUAUCAAGGAGGAGGCCAUGACUCGAGAUGGCCCCACCAUUGUGCACGAUGAGUAUGGAGCCGUGUCUGCAGGCAUGCUCUGCGCCCUCACCACACUGUCCCAGCAGCUGGAGAGCGAGGGGGUCGUCGACAUCUAUCAGGUGGCUAAGAUGAUCAAUCUCAUGAGGCCGGGAGUCUUCACUGAUAUAGAGCAGUACCAGUACCUUUACAAAGCCAUGCUCAGCCUGGUCAGUAACAGAGAGUGUGGCCUGACCCCCAUGCACACGGACACUAACGGGGUGGUGGUGAUUGCAGACGAGUCGGACCCUGCAGAGAGCAUGGAGUCGCUCGUCUGAAGACGUUCUCACAGGCACUUAAUUUGUAAAAAAAAAAAAAAAAAAACUCGAGAACUUUUCUGAGGCCUUUUUUGCCAGACUAUUGAUUAAAUGAAUAACCUUAUUACUUUUUUAUACUGAUAAAAGUUUUUUGAUAUUUAUGUUUUUCUCCUUUUUUUCUCGUCUUAAAUGUUAUCCUGCUGAGCGUUUGCACCUGUUUAAGUUGACGUGAGGAAAAAGCAGCUCUGUCCAGUUUUGCACUAUACUAUCAGUGUUACUGCCUAAAUCCAGUGAGUGAAGUCGUUUCACAGUUUCAAUCCUGGCAUCACGACACGACCGGGAUCUUUGGACCGCAUUGAGACAAACCUGAAGCAUGGAGACCAGGAUGAGUUAAUGCGAUCCACUUCUGAAAAUGUCUCAAAACAAAAACACAUCACAACAUAGCCCAGCACGCAUUGUGUCACUUUUAUCACCUCGAUCAAAUGAACUGUUUUUGAGGCUCCGCUCCACCAGGGUGAAGUUCUUUAUUCAAGUUAAGAGACUAUUACCUGCUUAAUAUUCAUAUAUUGUCCAAAUAUUUCACUGCUGUCUUGUAUAAUGUACUUAUGGCUUAUUUUGUUAAAGUGUGUUACAACAUCUAAUGUGAACAUGUAUUGCUUUUUACAGGGAUUUAUAUUGUUAUAUUGUUUUGUAAUAUAUAUAUUAUAUCCUUAAUAGCCAGCCAAUGUUUUCUUUUUUUCAGUGCUUUUGCCUAUUUGUCCACAAGCCUUGGUGUAGACUCAUGCUUUUUGAGAUUGUCAUGAAUUAUCUACAAAGCUCUUUUUUCUUUGUUGUUUCUUUUCAGAUUCUCUAACCUCAGUUGUCAAAGCUCAGCUGUUAACACGUGUAAUUGGUAUCCAUAAUGACACAAUGUCUACAAAAAGGUAUUCACUCCACACAAACUUCUAUGUUUUAUUGAUUUACAGCAUUAAAUCACAGUGGAUGUAAUUAGGAUUUUUUUGACAGAUUAAUAGAAGAAACUUCAUGUUAAAGUAAAAAGAGAUGUCAACGGACAGACUUAAAUUAACCUCAAAUAGAAAACCCAAAAUUGCUUGUACAGCAAGUAACCUUCUGGCAGCAUUUACAGUGAGAAUGUGAAUAACUUCUGCAACAGUGACUGUAUAUAGAGAUGGACAAUGUGUCUCCACUUCCUCCCAUGUUCAGAAAUGAGGCUAAAAUAUCCCAUAUAUUUAUAAUAAUAACUAAAUACCAGAUGCCAAGAUGGCGCCUUUUCAUUCCAAUGGAUUUGCUCGCCUGACACAUUCAGAAAAUAGAUAAAAAAUUCAGAAUAGAAGAGUCAUAAGUGACUUUGUUUGCUGUUCGAGGUGUCCUGUCAGCAGUUUUACAGAUGUCUUUUACAAUAAUGGUCUAGGGGGUAAAAUGCUUUUUUAGCAACAGGGGAUUUUUUUGCUGCAUUACCACAGGUGGCCACCAGGAAAACUUGGCUGACAACUUGCGAAAUACAGCUGCUAACAUCAGGCGGGCCUGGUUCAUUCCUACGAGAGCCGCUCAGUAGCACAUGAAGCAAAAAAAAGCUCAAUUUCCACAGUAUGAAAGUAUCCAGAUCCUCUGCAUCACAGGGCCAAUAUAGCAUGAAGCACUAUGCCCAAUUUGAUAUCUUCCGCCAGUGGAGCAGCUAUCUCCAGGUAGCAUCCUGCUAGCUUGAAUGGAGAUCAAAUACUUUAAUCAGUCAAUUUUAGACUUUUCAAAUUUUACCGAAGUGAAUUGAUUAAAUCUCGAUAGUAAAAAAGUUAGUCAAGGAAAAAAAGUCUUAUUGGAUCCAGCAUCACAUGACAUGUGUUUCCACUAUGUAAAAAUUGCCACUAUGUAAAAUUUGCCUCGAAUCUUGGCGCUCUUCCUGGGGGCUUGUGCAGUAGCGCUCUUCGGAGUAUCAAGAUCCCACCUUCAGUUUAUCGUGACAGCUGGAUUAGCACAUCCAGCUGUCAGUCAUGACGUCAGACCCCCUUUUUAUAGCAUCAAUUAGAAAAUGAAAACCAAGCUCAUCACAAAGAUGAACACUUGAACAAACUGCAGUGUGAUUAAAACUACCUAAAAUGACAAAAAACAUCUUUGGGAAUCAUUUAUUAGACUUUACUUGAUUUAAGUUUGUCCCAUCUGCUUACAGAGGGAGUCUGGUUUAAUACCUGCAGUCAGCUUUUGGUGAGCUGCCACACUGUCCAUCUUUAUAUAGUAUAUGAUCUGGACACAGUAUAUUAUAUUUUCCAGUCAAAGGGAACAGUAAAAUUUCACAUUUUGUCACUAAUUCUGAACAUAACUGAGGUCGUAGACAUUAACUUGGCCACUCCAGGAUGCAGAUUUAUUUUUCCCUGGAUAGCAACCUGCCUACGCUGCCUUUAAUUGGCUUGCCUGGACAUUCCUACCCUAACCAAACUCUCUCCUCUUGCCUAAACCUAAACAACCAACAAUGUCAACGACUGCUAGCCAAUCAGCAGGGGAGUAGGACAGGUCAUACUUUUGCUGUCAUAGGAAACUCAAAUUUGCCUCCAGCACAUAAAAACUGUUUUUAAAGUAAUUCCUGCAGCUGUGGCUUUACAUUUGGCAUCACUAGUUUAGGGAAAAUAAUGCAUUCUCACAGAGAACUGCAGUGUCCUCAAGAAUUUCUUCAUGUUUCACUGCAUUUUUACUCUCCACCUUCAUGAGCAUCGAUGGAGCCUGCUGCAGAGGAGUGUCCUCCUCGUGAUUAGGAGGGUGCGUUUCUGCAGAUGUGCCGUGUUUGGUUUACACUCCACUAAUGAGCCCACUUUGCAGUCUCAUUAGUGUCCUUACCCUUCUUCUCAACACACUUCUUUUUAGAGCUGUGCCAUUCGCCAUCCUUCAAUUUCUAUAAUCGUAUUAGCGAUGUCCAGUGCCUUGGAAAUGUUUUUAUGUCCUUCCCCCUUUUCAUUAAACUCUCAGAUUUGUUUGAAGCUUGUUAUAGAGCAGUUUUUAGCAGGGAGUUGACUAAAUGGAUGUUGGAUCCAGGUAUAUUUAAGCAAAAAUAACCUUGAUUACACACAACUUGUGAAAAAGUGGCUGCACCAUUACUGAUUUAAAUCUCAUGCUGAAGAGAUAAAUAUGUGAGCAGUUUUGGUUUUUUUUCUACUGAGUUUAUAGUUGUGACCCCAUUGAGUUUUUUUCUUUUAUUAAGAUUUUAAAAAAUCUAAUUACAUCCAUAACAAAUGAGAAAUUUGAAGCUGUAAAUAAGAAAAAGAACACAAAAACAUCCAAAGGAGGUGAAUACUUUUUAAUAGACACUUUUGUUUCUUUUUUGGGGGGGGUGAUGCUUUAUUUGUAACCAAAGAUGUGGUUCCAGUUUGCAACAUGUAAGUGGUUUUGUCCUGAGAUCUAUUUAAUCAACUAGAAUUUAAAAUCAAAUUGUUUAAAAUGCAGUACAGAUUAUUGGUGUCAGAGGUGUGAACUGAACAAGAGUGAAGCAUGUUUCUGUUUAAGCCACAGGAACUCACUUUCCAGUAAAUAAUCUGAGUUACAAAGUUUUAGAUUCAGACUGUAAAAUAUAUUUUAUUUGGGCUGAUAUUCUGUCUCGGCACUAUUUUGUGACUAUUAAUUAUAAGCCCUUUUCAACCCUCAA